UCCAACCCUUUUCCCAAUUUGCUUAUAUACCUUCUCUUCCUUUCUCACUGUUCACGAAGAAAUAGUGUCCUUCUCGUUUCCUCGUUCGAGUAUAUAUAGUCUUCAAUACGUUCAUAACUUUUCAAGGAAACACCGAAACAGAGACAUAAACAACAAGAAGAACAGGAUCAUAUGGAGCACAAGAACAUCAGCAUCAACAACAACAUGGAAGGAAAGGAGGGUUACAACGUAGUUCCUGUUCAUAUGCAAGUCAUGAGGAUCAAGCAAGAGUUCGAGAAAAUAAAGCACCCUUCUCUGUCUAUGGAGCCGCCGGCAGAGAUGAGACGUCUGCUUCUCCGGGAGAUUAACGGGCAGCGGUCUCGUUCGCCCCUCGGAUUGGCAGCGGUUUAAAAGUUUAUGCUUCUCUAGUUCUCUUUGUUUCCUUAUAGCUUCUGUCCAACCAGAGUAUUGGUGCUUGGUUGUUUGGGGUUCUAUUUUGGUUUGUGUACAGUGGGAAACUCAGAGGGACAUGGUGAAAUAAAUCUUAACACGACUGGAUUAGUUUUGCAGUUAUGAUGAUCAUAUAUCAUAUUUGUGUUAUACUUUUACCAUUAGUCUCUCUCUCUCUCUCUGUUUCUCUGUGUUCAUCAUGCAUAUUCACAAAAUCAUACAUAGAAAUUAACCAAUUUGUGGGAAACUGGGAAUCAAUGUCUUCUGCUUUGUCAUAAUAACGAUGCUCUUAUACCAUGCCUUGUUCAUCUGAGAAUAUACUUUUUCUCCAAGUAAA